AUGGAAACGUCGGGAGGACAAAGAAGUGGAAAGGAAAUUUUAGCCGUCCCGACCUUCGAAUCAGCUGCUGCUGAGGAAAAUAGAAUGAUGCGGUCCUACAUACUGGAAAUGUUGGACUCGUGGAAUAACGGGAAGGAACCGCCAAGUACAAUCCCCGGAUUCCCCGAGGUGCUUCCUAGGGCAGACGAGAUCUCCAACAUUCCUAAAGGUUAUUCAUUCACCCCGCAGGGGCAUCCCGCCACUUUGGCUCACAUCGCAUCACCUUCUGAUUCCCAUCCUCACAUGUCGGCAACAAAUAGGGCCACAAACCUGUACGUUGCCCCGCCUUGUCCAACUGUAACGCAGCCUACUAUACCUAGGCCUAACUAUGAAUCAUCUUCCUUCACAUUCCAAGCACCAACACCACCGCUGGAACCUACUCGAUUUCCUGCCAAUGCUUACCUCCAACCCCCUCAAUACAAGCUUACACUUGGGCAAAGUCAAGACCCCAGAAUGUCGGAAAGGGACGAAAUGGAUAAGAGAAUAAAAAGCCUCGAACAAAGUCUGAGAGACAUGAGAGGUUUGAGCGGGCCGAAAGGUGUCUCUUAUGCGGAUCUGUGUGUAUUUCUGCAUGUCCACUUGCCAGCAGGUUUUAAGACACCGAAAUUUGUGUUGUAUGACGGGCAUGGCGACCCCGUUGGUCAUUUGAAGAAAUACUGCAAUCAGUUGAGAGGAGUCGGCGGCCGAGAAGAGUUAUUGAUAGGUUAUUUCGAGGAGAGUUUGAUCGGCAUCACCUCAGAGUGGUACAUGGACCAAGACAUCUCACGAUGGCAUAUCUGGGAUGAUCUCGCUAGGGACUUUAUCAGACAGUUUCAAUACAAUGUUGAUAUUGCACCCGACCAGAAUGCUCUGUCCAAUUUGAAGAAGAAACCCUCAGAGGGUUUCAGAGAAUACGCCAUUCAAUGGCGUAAGCAAGCUUCGAGAGUUAAACCUCCGAUAGACGAGAAGGAAAUGGUCAGUGUAUUCUUGCAAGCCCAAGAGCUCGACUACUACCAGAACAUGAUGUCGGCGAUGGGAAAACCUUUUGUAGAGGUGAUCAAAAUCGGAAAAAUGGCGGAGAAUCGUUUGAAAACGGGCAGACUUUUGAGCCAAGCGGCCAUACGUGCAACCUCCCAAGCCAUCCAAGGUGGGUCUGGAGGAAUAACGAAGGGAAAGAAGAAAGAAGAAUCGGCCAUGGCUGCAUCAGGAGCGAGGGAAUACCGUAAACCCAAGCCCCACUUUGCAGAAAGAGCCCCACAACACUACUACCCCCAUCAGGAUACGGCUUACACUCCUCAGCCGCAGGAAAACUUGUUGCAGCCUGUCCCUCAGAACAGGCAGAAUCCGAACUCUCUGGCUUAUCAAAGAGGCAUAUACUGUGCCUAUCACUCAGGAGCAGAAGGGCACAACAUUGACAACUGCUGGACCUUAAAGAAAGCCGUGCAAGACUUGAUCAAUCAGGAGAGGAUAGUUUUCACAGAUGAAGAUGCCCCUAAUGUGACAAACAACCCUCUACUGGCUCACAACAACAGGCCGAUAAUAGGGAUGAUCUGCAAGGACAGAGAAUUUGAUCCUGCGCUGAAAGCCAUAGUCGCCAUUGCUGACGCAGAAAGACCCAAGGCAGCCCUGAGACAGGAAAAGAAGGGGAAAGAGGAUGAGACUAUCAAGAAUAAGGUUGAAGAAAAGAAGGAGACUGCCGAAGCCGAUCCGGGAAAGGCAAAAAUGACAGCACCUCGAAAGAGUGGAGUUCUUUACCUCCUACGAGGUCGGCCAGAAAUGCCUCUGGUACUGAGCGCUCCAAAGAAAUUCCAAAUACAAGGAGCAAAGCCAAUGAGUGCGCCAAGAGAAGCCUAUGUGACCCGGGGGACGAUAAAACUACCGCGACUGGACGAGCCAGUGUUUAUCGGACGCGUGCCACAGAAGCCUAUGACAGACCCCACCACCAUACCAUGGAACUACAACCGGUCAGUGAUGACUUAUAAGGGCAAGGAAAUUACAGGUGAAUCGCCAGUAAAUGCCCCCGUCAGGAAAUACUCCGACAUACGGGAAGUGAGCGUUGCUGCCCGGAAACGUUUCCCACUCAAGGUGCUUGUAACUAUCGAAGAAGCGGAGGCUUUCUUCCACGAAUUAAGCAUGCUGGACUGUGAAGUGGUGUAUCGGUUGCGCGAGAACCCUGAACAGGUGUCCAUGUUGUCCCUGUUAACGAAGUCGGUCGAGCAUCAGAAGGUUCUGAUGAGAACACUAAACGAAGCAUACGUGCCAGCAGGAACUUUGGUCGAGCAGCUCGAGCGCAUGGCAGAAAGAUUCUUCGGGGUCAACCAGAUUUCCUUCAGCAAGGCUGAUUUGCCUCCUGAGGGAGCAGCUCAUAACAAAGCCCUGCAUCUAACCGUCAAGUAUGAAGGGUACUACGUGAAGAGGGUCAUGGUGGACGGAGGCUCGGGGGUUGACAUCUGUCCACUCUCUACACUCCAAAGGAUGGAGAUUCAAACGUCAAGAAUCCGCUCUAAUAAUGUAUGUGUUAGGGUUUUUGACGGGAUCAAAAGAGAAACGCUCGGAGAAAUAGAUCUGACAUUGGGUAUAGGCCCUGUGGAAUUCGAGGUGACCUUUCAGGUACUGGACAUGGACACUUCCUACAACUUCCUCCUAGGAAGACCUUGGAUCUAUGCUGCUGGGGCAGUACCAUAUACUCUCCACCAAAUGGUGAAGUUUGAGCAUGAAGAUCAGGAGAUCGUGGUUCACGGGGAAGAUGAACAUGCCAUCUACAGAGAUCCGUCUAUCCCAUAUCUAGCGGCAAGAGAAGGGAGCGAGCAUAUCGUCUAUCAGGCCUUCGACAUUGUGAUGGCCGAUCAAUAUGAAGAGGGAAGUCCUUGUCCACAACCUUGCCUGUCUAAUGUCUCGAUCAUGGUGGCAAAAGAGAUGCUCAGACAUGGUUUCCAGCCGGGAAAAGGUCUGGGAAAAUCCCUACAAGGAAUACCAGUACCAAUAACUCUGCCCACCACUGAGAAGUUCUUCGGAUUAGGCUUCCACCCUUCUCCACAAGACGAGGCUUGGGCCGACGAGAGAAAAGGAAACGGUUGGGUCUUGCCACAGCCGCUACCACAUCUAUACCAGACCUUCGUCAGGCCAAAGUAUGACGAAGAAGAAGAAGACGAGGCCUUCACUGAGGAAGAGAUCGAGGACAUAUGCGGAGCCAUGAGGCAGAUGCUUUAUGACGUCCAUAUGGUUCAAUCGGGAGAAGGUACCAGCACCGCUGAGGUGCAGUAUGUGGAACCAAAUGCUAAGCUGCAAAACUGGAAGGCCACGCCAUUCCCAACCAGGCGGGAAUCCUGGUAG